CAUAGGCAAUUCAAUUGCUUUAGUAAGCACCGUGGGGCAUAUUCCGGUUGGAACCAUAUUCCGGUUGGAGUGUACUGACAAGCUCUUGGCGUGUAAGGUAUCUACAAUAUAAGUCUGUUGGUAUUCCAACAUCGCCCUCACUUUAUCCUUGAUAGACUCACUCACCAGUAUUUGCCUACAAUGGAGAACCUUCCAGUCGACCACUUCGUUAAGAUUAUGCAGUUCACUGCAAAGACUCAUCGAGAUGUUUACCCAGCAAUCGACCCCAGCCAAGCGGCGCUCUCACAGAAGGGCAAAGUAGUUAUUGUCACAGGUGCCAGCCAGGGCAUAGGCGCCCGAGGGUUCGUACCGUCAUUUGCGGCCGCUGGCCCAAAAGCGAUCGUCCUCGUGGCUCGAAAUGCCGAAAAACUGCGAGAAGUGGCCGACACUAUUGCCAAAUCACACCCCAAUGUCGAGACUCUUGUUGUUCCGACCGAUAUCAGCGAUCCGGCCUCAGUCACUGCCCUUUUUGAGAAGGUGAAGCAGAGGUACGGACACGCUGAUGUGCUCGUCAACAACGCAGCAAUCUUCAAAGCCGACCAGUCUGUCAAGGAGGUUGAGGAGCAGGCCUGGUGGGACGAAAUGACCCUUAACGUUCGCGGCCCGUUCCUCGUUACCCAACAAUUCCUCAAGUUACUCCCUUCGCCCGACACUCCCGCCAAGAUUAUAACCUUGACAACUGGCGCAGCAUACCAGGUCUUCCCCACACUCAGCGCGUACGGCAUCUCGAAACUCGCAGUUCUUGAGCUCAUGGCGUACGUUGCCGUGGAGAACCCCAAUGUCGUUGCGACCGCCCUGCAUCCUGGUAUCGUAAUGACUGACAUGACUCUGGAGUAUUUCAAGAGGUUCGCUCACGACACACCGGAGCUGGUUGGUGGCAUCGGCGUCUGGCUUGCUGGCUGGGAGGGUCCGGACCGAAGCUUCCUGAGUGGUAGAUUUGUGUCUGCCAACUGGGAUGUUGAAGAUUUGGUGAACAGGAAGGACGAGAUUCUGGAGAAGGAGCUUUUAAAGGUUAACUUGGACGCGAAGUUGGGUGCUGAGCAAUUUGAGUAACUUCUGAUCAGAAGGCCGCCACAGAUUAGCAAAUAUUACCAUUGAAUAAACGUGGU